CUUCUGUUCAGACAGACAUUUAUUAGUGACUCUCUCUGUCUGAGCUGGGCAGGUUUCAGAAAGAGACUGCCGCUCGGAGGCUAAUAUUUGUACACGCUGUUAAAAAAAAAAGUGCGAGAAAGAUUUUCAUUGUGCGGAGAAUUAAAAGCACGUAACAGAGAGGAGAGGGAGAGAAACUACCUGCCUGUCAGCAGAGAUGAUGAGGAAAACCUGGGAAAUGAUCCUGGACGAUUGGUCUGAUGGGGAGGAGAACGUGAGUUGGAUGUAAACACGGGACUAUCGAUCUCAAAUAAGGAGUGUUUUCCGUCACCACCAUGACGCCACGUGACAGCUCGCUCCUGACUCACCUGCUCCUGCUCCUCCUCCUGCUCCUCCAGCUCCUCCUGCCCCUCGCCCGGUCCGUCCUGCACCCUCCUCACCACCCGCAAGUCCACGUCCCGGCGCUGCACCCUCACGCACCGACACCUCUCACCCGCUCCCGCUUCAGCGCUCACACUCAGCUGGACUUCACCACUCACUGCAACUCCAGCUGCUACCGCAGAGGAGAGCAGGAGGCCCAGAAGGAGCAGCUCACUGAGAAACUGGCCUUUGAAACGCUGUACUCUGACGGCUCCCGCACUCUGACCACCGUGGAUGUGGAGGAUGAGGUGGAGAAAGAUGUCAGUCUCUUUGCGCACCCUUCACCGAGGAGAGUGAAGCCCAGACAUAAGCGGGUCAGGCGGCAGAUUUAUGGCGCAGACGGACGUUUUAACAUCCAAGGAGACAACUUUCUGUUGGAUUACCCUUUCUCCACGGCGGUGCGGAUCUCCACGGGCUGCACCGGGGUUCUUGUGUCCCAGCUGCACGUCCUGACAGCCGCCCACUGCGUGCACGAUGGGAAGGAUUAUGUCAAGGGGGCACGUAAGCUCAGGGUGGGCUUCCUGAUUCCUCCAUCCAUCAAUGGCACCAAAGUCGGCCUCACUUCUUCCAAGAAGCCUCUGGUCCGCUGGGUCAGGGUGAAACGUACCCGGGUGCCUAAGGGCUGGAUCCAGGGCCCUCAGGAGGUCAGCAUGGACUUCGAUUACGCACUGCUGGAGCUGCGCUGGCCUCACCGCCGUCCCUUUAUGCGCCUCUCUGUAGCUCCAUCCUCUGAUGACCUGGCGGGAAAGCGCAUCCACUUCUCUGGCUUUGACAGCGACAGACCCGGAGAGCUGGUCUACAGAUUUUGUCCUGUGGAAGAAGAGUCCAGUGACCUGAUAUACCAGCAUUGUGACGCCCGACCUGGAGCCAGCGGCUCAGGGGUCUACGGACGAGUGUGGGACAACUCUUUAGAGCGCUGGGAAAGAAAGGUCAUCGGCAUUUUCUCUGGACACCAGUGGCUGGAGAUAGAUGGAGAAAACCGGGACUACAAUGUGGCCGUGCGCAUCACUCCUUUGAAGUUUGCUCAGAUCUGUUACUGGGUGCACGGAAACCGACUAGACUGCGUCCAGGACUAAGAGGGGAGAAGAGUUUAGACAGUUUGGAGAGAGAGACAAUUAAAAACUAAAAGAAUACAGGGUGAAUUGUCUUAGAAAAAGGAUUAAAGUGAAAGCAGAAUAACGUCCUUUAGUGGCGCACAAGUGAAUCAGAGGUCACUUCUGGAUCCAGUUUCCUUCAAUGAAUCAUUUCUCUCCAGUCUUUAAUUCGCUUUCUGUGUCCUAUUAAACAAAUCCGCCUGUGAGGUCAUCACCACGGCAUCUUUAAUAUGCUUUUACCCACAGUCAGAUUAAUAACACAGUCAGUGUUUCCACAAUAUUAACAUAAGUCACUUGUUAAAAGAGGGAAAAAACACUUGUGGCACCAGAUUAUUUUCCUACUGUAGAUGAUGUCAGUUUAUUGAAGACGUUUUUUCUAUACAUCUCACACGCUUUGGUACUUUAACAGCUCUUCAAGGAUCAUUGAGCUGCUUUUACAACAAUCUGCAUUCAGAUAGAGACACUUACAUUAGUACACAGAAUUAAAAUAAGCUUUUUAUGGACGCACCAUUGAUGCUUUUUAAGUCUCAGCCGAGUGCGCUCGUCUCUGUGUGGACUGGAGAGAUGGAAAGUUUGUUAAUUUUAUUUUUUUGAUGAAAAAUAAUUGCUAUAUUUUAAUAAACAGAGAUUUAUGAC